GAUACAUGGGCUCAAAACAUCAACUUAUAACUUAAGGUAGGUGAAACAAAGAUCCGUUCAACACAGAUAAACGAUGGCUGGAUGUGGCUUUGAAGUCAUUGUGGGGAAUGUAAUUUUUUUAUGAUAUGCUGUUUGAGUAGUUUUUUAAAAGUGGUUAUGGAUUUGGUCUCUGUGAUGUAUUUUGGUAAUUUAUUGUAUAUUUUGGAUCCUUCACACAUUAUACUUUUUUUUCCAUAGUUUGUUCGGGAUGGGUAUAGCUGUAGUAGGUCUUGUUCACGUCUCAAUUUCAUUUUGUGUAUUUUUGUUCUUUUCGUGAAGGUGAUGUUUGAGUGUAUAUUUUUGUUUAGUAUUUUUCGUAUGAGUAUGCAUGUAUUAUAAAUGUAUGUCUGUGUAAUGUUCAUUAAUUUUGUUUCUUUGUACAGUUUUAGUGUUGGGGUGAGGUAAUCAUAAUUAAAUAACGUUUUGAGUAGUUUGUUUUGUGCAGUUUGUAGGAGGUUUAUGUGUGUUUUUGCGGCGGAACCCCAUAUUUCAGCUAGAUAGUCAAUGUGUGGCUUAACGAGCGAGGAAUAGAUCAAAUAUCUAAUUUUCCGUGUGAGCCAUGAUUGAAGACCCCAGGUAUGACCCCCGUUUGAUGGGCAAGUUUGGAGUGAAUCCUGAACAAGACAGGCAUUACCGGAUGCUGCUGAUCAAGGAGUUGAUGAAGGUCCACCAUGAUUGUCGGGAGAAGACGGAAUUAGAUGAUAUGCCAAUGGACGAAUUGUGCGAAAACUACAAGCGUCUAUACCACGAGGCUUGUGCGGAGAUGGAGAAGAUACAGGACCCCAACUACCAGGAGCUGCUUCAAUACAUGAAGACCCAUCUCACUGAGCAAGAGUUCCAGCUGCUCCGCAUCGAGAUAUAUGCUGCGUGCAACAAGAUCAUCAUGCAGCACAGCACACGUAGGUUACUCAUAUCCAUGGUCCUAGAUAUUGCUCGGCAGUUCGUCCCAGAAGAACGCCUGGAGGCCAUCUUGCGGGAACAUCCGGAGUAUUGAACUAGUCUUUACCCAAAGAAUUCUCCGGUUGUGGCUAACGUCACCCGAAUCGAUUCAAUACUGAUGUUUAUUCUGACUUUAAUGGUUUUGAAAAAUAAGCAAUCUCAUAGGGAUUACACGCGUAUAGUGCUCGUUCCCAUGGAGUUUUAGCAAUAAGAAAUAUCUUUUGACCUUUCUCUCGUCUCAACCAUCGUAGUACUUUAAUCAAAUAGUUCGUCGUCAUUCAGUCGUCUAGAAUAUACUGAGCCCCGGGAUUUUAACGCGUAGUUCCCGUUCUCGUGGGAUCUCCGGGAUGAAAACUAUCAUACGUCCGUUCCCGGGUCUCAGACUAUUGAUGUACCGAAUUUAAAUCAAAUAGGUUUAGUGGUUUAAGAGAUACAAUCCCGAGAUUUUUAAUUGUUUGUGGCCGUUUCCGUGGGAUUUCAGAUAAAAACUAUUCUAUGCUUUUAUCGAGUCUCAAACCAUCUUUUUACCAAAGGUCAUAUGGCACCUUUGUGUGAAAACCAUACCAUGGCGGACACAAACGAAAUAAAACAGAUUGUAUUAAUUUCAAGCUCUAAUUUAUGAUGUAUUUAGUCACAUUAAUGUGAGCAAUAUUAUAGGAAACUCGACAAAAUUCAAGUUAUAUAGACUGAUACAUAUUCCCGAUAUAUAUAGGGAAGAUGAAUAAAAUAUUAAAUCAUCAAAAUAUUAUGUUUUUUUCUCAUCCCAUCAAGAGCCUAUAAGUGGCUACUGCUGACCAAAGACCUCUUCUCGCACGGAGAAGAUUUAAAUAUGAAUCAUGACGCUUGCUUAAUGUAAAGUAGUAAUUUCAAACUUAUAAUUAGAAAGGAUAGUAGGGAAAAUACAGAGCUACCACUACUUCUGUUCGGAAGCUCAUGUAAUUCUGUCCCAGGGUUCUCCAUUAGUAAAUCUGGGGGCACGGCAGUGCCCCCGCCAAGUCGAGCAAAAAAAAGCGGCACGGCCGUACCAUCCUUUUCUCGAAGCAAUUCGGGCCUUUUUCGACCCCCUAUAAUUCGGUUGUGGAUAAAGCAAGAAACCUGAAUCUUCAGUAACUAAUCCGGCAUUGUAUAAACACGGAAUAUUUAAAAUUUCAGUCAAAUUGAACCAGUAGUUUAAGAAUGACAACUUGUUAAAGUUUCUAAAUUUUGUCACUCACUGACUCACCGAUCAUCAAAAGUCCAAGGCACUUCUAGCAGACUUAGAAGCUUCAUAUUUGGAAUACAUAUAGAGUUUAGUGUCUUAAUCAUGGGAAAACUUAAAUAUUUUGUAAUUUCGGUCCAGUUUUCCAAAUACACCAACUGCAUCAAUAACUUUGUAAUCCCAUAUAAAUAUAUGGGACUACAAAGUUAUUUAUGCAGUUGGUGGUUGGUGGUGGUUAUAAAUUUAAUAGGUGUAGAUAGGUACCUACCAUAUGAGGCAAGGGAGGGGGUAUAGGGUGGGUAAGGGUGUGUUUAGCCCAUGAAACUGAACAACAUUAUUACUUGUAAAAUGGUCGACGUAAUGAAAAACACAUGAUUGGACAUGUCUUGAAGUACGAAAAUCUAAUAAAACAAUAUAUUAUAAUUUAAAUCUGUUAUAUAGAUUCCAGAGAUAAGGAUUUAGAUGUAAAAUGCUUUCCUGAUCUACCGGAAAAGAAAAAGAGGAAGACUACAUAUAAAAAUAAGAAAAUAUCAUAAGACCUUUAACAAAAUUCGUUAGAAGUAGAUGGUAUCAAAAAGAAAGGCUCUACAAAAAGAAGUGAGAUCCCAUCAAAAACAUCCUGUAAAAAAUCCAAGUCUCGCAGCUCAGUCUUUCUACCGUCAAAAGUUGUGAGAUCCAUGUAAUACCAAGUCGGUUAAUCUAUUUAGUGUCUACUUGAAGGACCUUCUGUCUUAAGUUAUUACAUAAGUUAUUAUCAUGCCAAUAUUAAAAAUAUUUAACGUUUUAAACAAAUAGAUCGACUUGGACAUCGCAUGAAAACAAAAUGAAUAUUACAAUAUUAUAUUAGAUUCUUUAGUCUCUCGCGCCUCACGCGAUUGAAACUCUCGUUCCUGUUGGUCGCUGGCCCGUCGUGCUGUGUAGUGUGAUACAUACUAAUAAUCAAAUCAAGCGAUGUCCAAGUCGAUCUAUUUGUUUAAAACGUUAAAUAUUUUUAAUAUUGGCAUGAUAAUAACUUAUGUAAUAACUUAAGACAGAAGGUCCUUCAAGUAGACACUAAAUAGAUUAACCGACUUGGUAUUACAUGGAUCUCACAACUUUUGACGGUAGAAAGACUGAGCUGCGAGACUUGGAUUUUUUACAGGAUGUUUUUGAUGGGAUACUUUUUACUAGGCCGAGCUGCAAGUUGGCUUCGUCCACCUACUUCUGUUUGAAAGCUAUCACAAUUAUCUCUCACUAUGACAAGCAAGUUCUUCUCUAUUUAUGGACAUGUUUCACAAGAUGUUUUCCUUCACGGUUAGUCAGUGGUUUCUAAACAACCUAAGAAUGUACAUAAAACUGGGAAAUGUCACAUUAGUACUUACCAUCAUUUUUAGGCUUUUGAAUUCGUUUUUUUUAAACGACCUAGUUCUAUUUUUAUUUCUUACUUUUUAGUUUAAUAGGUAAAGGGAAAUAAUUGCACACGUCAAGAUGUUUAAUUAAUUUAUUUAUUUACAAAUUCACAUAUACAACAUUACAGCUUGUGCCAUUACGUUAUACAGCCAAAAUAAGAAAUUAAAAAGUAAAAUAAAAGAAUAAAUAGAGACAAUUAAAUAACAAUAAAUGUACCUAAAUAGUAAUUGAACAUAAAUACAAAAUGCAAAUAUAUAAAAAUUUACUUUAUAUGAUCAGGUGAAUAUAAUAGCCUCAUUACACAUACAUCAGCAGACUAUAAGUAGCCACUGCUGACCAAAGGUUUCUUUUAACUACAGAAAAAGUUUGAGCAAUAAAUGCACGCUUGCUCAAUGCAGGUUGGCGAUUUCAAACUUAUAAUUAGGAAUAAUUAUAAGUCCAGAUUUCCUCACCAUGUUUUCCUUCACUGAUAGACAUCAGUGAUAUCUCAAUAAUCUUAGAAAGUACAAUAACUCGGAAAAAGUUACACUGGUACUUGCCCUUGGUAGGUGUCGAACCCGCGACCUCAUACAUAAGACGCCCGUCUUAGACCUCUGGGCCACCACGACUCAACGAAUACGACUUAACAGCCUCAAAGAAUUUUAUUCGCGAUUCAUACGUUACGUUUACUUUUGAAAGAAUUUCCUUCAAGCUCUUAACCGUUAAGGAGUUAAAUAUCUUCCAUCAUCAGCUCAUUGAUCAUGAGAAGCAAAUGGAUGAACAACUUUACGAUAUUAACAGAAUAUGGGAAACGAAGGCAGAGAUGUGUUGAGAGAUAUAGCAGAAGCCACAGGGGCGGCACCAAAAAAUCAUAUAGCUGCACAGUAAUAUAGUGGUGGUGGAUGCACCGCUCCCACCACUGCUCACGGAUGAUGAUGAUCCUGAAAUGAGCCUGAUGUUCGGGGACUCGUACAGAAGACUAUCACAGACAGAGAAUACAGGCCGCGACCUCACCGGUAUACGGCAAAUGUUAGAUUUGGUGCGGAACUAGGACCGCGAUGAUGAUGUCAACGAUUCUGGUUGCAUUGGUGAUUAACUUUAAUAACGGAAUCACUAUUAGUAAAGUUAACACUGAUAGGUCAUUGAACCCUAAUGUCCCUGAAUUCGUGCCAAAUGGUGGAACUAAAACAGAAAUUACUGUUAAUGGUGUUGUACACUUGUACAGAGUGCUAGUGCGUAUGU